UCCCCCUCUAAAAUCUCGUGCGAGCAGUCCAAAUCCUCGUUUACCAGCUCCACUGCCCCCGGUGAUCUCAUUCCCAUCCCUCCUCAUCACAUCGCCCGCGUGAGCGAUUGUCGUUGAUAAAAAAAAUCCUCCCUCUCUACUUCCGAACUGGAGCUCCUCUCUCUCUCUGGCCGUGAGGAGCUCUAAACCCUAGCGGCAGCGGCAGGGGAGGCGCGCCGGGGAGCCAGAUCGCCGCCGCGAUGGAGAGCCCCGUGAAGGAGGAGGUCGGCGGGGAGCUGGCGAUGGAGAUCGAGUCGAGCGUCACGGCCGAGGACUGGCGCCGCGCGCUCUCCCGCGUCGUGCCCGCCGUCGCCGUCCUCCGCACCACCGCGCCGCGCGCCUUCGACACCGAGGUCGCCGGCGCCAGCUACGCCACCGGCUUCGUCGUCGACAAGGCCCGCGGCAUCAUCCUCACCAACCGCCACGUCGUCAAGCCCGGUCCUGUGGUCUCGGAGGCGAUGUUCGUGAACCGGGAGGAGAUCCCUGUGUACCCCCUGUACAGAGACCCUGUACAUGAUUUUGGUUUUUUUCGCUAUGAUCCAGGUGCCAUAAAGUUCCUCAAGUAUGAGGAGAUCCCUCUAGACCCUGAAGCAGCAUCUGUUGGGCUAGAAAUCCGAGUUGUCGGCAAUGACAGCGGCGAAAAGGUUUCAAUUUUGGCGGGAACACUUGCUCGACUUGAUAGAGAAGCGCCUCACUACAAGAAGGACGGGUACAAUGAUUUCAACACAUUCUAUAUGCAGGCCGCAUCUGGAACUAAAGGUGGCUCUAGUGGUUCCCCAGUUGUUGAUUGCCAAGGAAGAGCUGUUGCGCUGAAUGCUGGAAGCAAAUCUUCCAGUGCUUCUGCUUUUUUCCUUCCAUUAGAACGUGUGGUUAGGGCACUGAAUUUGAUACGUGAUUGUUGGGAUGCAUUUGGUAUCAAGUCAGAAUCUGUUUAUAUUCCUCGUGGUACACUGCAGAUGACCUUUCAACACAAAGGAUUCGAAGAAACUCGACGUCUUGGACUGAGGAAUGAAACAGAGCAGAUGGUACGCCUUGUUUCUCCAGCAGGCGAAACUGGAAUGCUGGUUGUUGACUCUGUGGUGCCAGAAGGACCUGCACAUAAACAUUUGGAACCUGGUGAUGUGCUAGUUCACAUCAAUGGGGAGGUUGUAACCCAGUUUCUCGCAAUGGAGACUUUACUUGAUGACAGCGUUGGCAAGGAGGUAAAUUUGCAGAUUGAAAGAGGUGGAGUGCCUUUGACAGUAAAGUUAGAGGUUGAAGAUUUGCACUCUAUAACUCCAAAUCAUUUCUUGGAAGUCAGUGGUGCUGUCAUCCAUCCACUUUCAUACCAGCAGGCUAGAAACUUCCGGUUCAAAUGUGGUCUUGUAUAUGUUGCUGAAGCAGGGUACAUGCUCUCUCGGGCAUCGGUUCCACGCCAUUCAAUUAUCAAAAAGUUUGCGGGAGAGGAUAUUGAAAAUUUAGAUGACCUUAUUGCAGUUAUUUCAAAGCUGUCUAGGGGAGCACGAGUGCCUCUUGAAUAUGUAAAGUACACUGACCGUUAUCGGAACAAGUCUGUACUGGUGACAAUUGAUCAACAUGGUUGGUAUGCGCCUCCUCAGUUAUACACUCGAAAUGACGCAACUGGUCUUUGGAAUGCAAAAUUGGCUAUACCACUCGAAUCUCCCUUUGUAGUUUCCCAUCGUGCUGGCCAUAUGGAUGCAAACUCAAAUUCUGUUUCACCGUUGACUGAAUCAAGUCCUAUGGAUCUCAAAUGCCAGCACGAGUCUGAAAAUACGGCAGAUGGAUGCGUAAAAAUGCAAACAGAUGAGGAGAUUGCCAUAGAUGGAUCCCACUCUGGCGAAGAUUCCAUCCUUGAGAAAAAAAGGCGCCGGGUGGAUGAGGAGAUAGCUGCUGAGGGAACUAUAUCAUCUUUUGGAGAUUUAGAUGACAUGAAAGAUGGCGCAUUGAGGCAUCCUUCCAGUGUGGAAGGCUCCGACCUUGCUCGGACAAUAUCAAGUAAUGCUUCAUUGGCAGAACAAGUAAUUGAGCCAGCUCUUGUAAUGUUUGAGGUGCAUGUGCCACCAAUAUGCAUGCUUGAUGGAGUGCAUUCUCAACAUUUCUUUGGAACCGGUGUGAUAAUAUAUCAUUCUGACUGUCUAGGUCUGGUUGCCGUCGAUAGGAAUACAGUUGCUGUAUCUAUCUCUGAUAUAAUGCUCUCUUUUGCUGCAUAUCCCAUUGAAAUACCUGCAGAGGUUGUUUUUCUGCAUCCUGUUCAUAAUUUUGCACUGGUUGCCUAUGAUCCUUCUGCACUGGGAGCUGGAGCAUCUGUUAUUCGGGCUGCUAAGCUUCUUCCUGAGCCUGCCUUGCGCCGAGGAGAUUCUGUCUACCUAGUUGGGCUAAGUAGAAGCUUACAAGCUACAUCAAGGAAAUCAACCAUAACCAAUCCUUGCACAGCUGUUAAUAUUGGCUCAGCUGACUGCCCACGAUAUCGUGCAAUAAAUAUGGAGGUCAUUGAGCUUGAUACUGAUUUCGGUAGCUCAUUUUCGGGUAUAUUGACGGAUGAGCAAGGAAGAGUUCAAGCGUUAUGGGCAAGCUUUUCCACCCAGAUCAAAAGAAAAAAGAAAAGCACAAAACGGCAGCUUACGCCCAAGCUCAAAUAUGGUUGUAGCAGUUCAGAGGACCAUCAAUUCGUUAGAGGUAUACCAAUAUAUGCAAUAAGUCAAGUCCUUGAGAAGAUAAUCUCGGGUACUCCUGGACCAUUUCGUCUUAUCAAUGGAAUUCGAAGGCCGAUGCCACUUGUCAGACUUCUGGAGGUGGAACUUUAUCCAACUUUGCUUUCGAAAGCAAGAAGUUAUGGAUUGAGCGAUAACUGGGUGCAGGCUCUCGCUAAGAAGGACCCUGUGCGCAGACAAGUCUUGCGGGUCAAAGGUUGUUUGGCUGGAUCAAAAGCGGAAAAGCUUCUGGAACAAGGAGACAUGAUUCUAGCUAUCAACAAGGAACCAAUAACAUGCUUUCUUGACAUUGAGAAUGCUUGCCAAAAGUUGGACCAAUCUAUCGAUUCAGAUGGCCUGCUUAACAUGACAAUAUUUCGUCAGGGAAAAGAAAUUGACCUUAUUGUUGGAACCGAUGUAAGAGAUGGUAAUGGUUCAACAAGGAUGGUGAAUUGGUGUGGAUCCAUAAUUCAGGAUCCUCAUUCAGCAGUGCGUGCACUUGGCUUUUUGCCCGAGGAAGGUCAUGGAGUUUAUGUUGCUAGAUGGUGCCAUGGAAGUCCCGUACAUAGAUAUGGCCUUUAUGCUCUCCAGUGGAUAGUUGAAGUUAACGGGCAACCAACUCCAGAUUUGGAGUCCUUUAUUCAAGUGGUGAAGGGAUUGGAAGAUCGUGAGUUCGUCAGGGUGAAGACCGUCCAUUUGAACGGAAAACCACGCGUGCUCACUCUGAAACAGGACCUCCACUACUGGCCAACCUGGGAGCUCACUUUUGAACCGGAGACUGACACAUGGAAGAGGAGAACAAUAAAGGCGUUGCAGCCAACCGGGGCUUGAUUUAUUCUGCUUUCUUGUGAUAUUUUCAGCGGGCCUAGGCCUUCUCUAGGAAGGCAAGCAUGGAGAGGCGAGGAACUCUGAAAUGCUUGUCAUGCCGGUGAGCUAGAAUCAGGGUGGGGCACUAGGAUGUAGUGUAAUUCAUAGAUGACAUAAGGAUUUUAAUGCCUGUGGAUAAUUGGACUGCGGGGUGUGUCUUUUCUGUACCUAUUGGAUAUAUUUUUUUAUUCUCCUGUAGAAGCAAUAAACCAUUUAGCGAUUUA